ACCAAGCGAGACAGCCCAGCGGAAGCACCACUCCACAGCCACAGCGGGCGCCGGCACCGCCCGGCAGGCGGCCCGGAGGCAGCGAGCAGGGCCGGCAGAGCCUUCCCUCGGCUCAGGCUCCUCCCGCGGGAGGCCGGCCGGGCCGGGCCGGUCCCGCCUGCCCGGCAUGGCGGAGGAGCGGCGGUUCCGCUCGGCCUCCGGGGCGCCGAUCGCGCUGCGGCGCCGCCAGCACAGCGCGUCCUGCCGGGAGCUGGCGGUGCGCGGCCCCCGCCUGCAGCUGCGCUCGCUCAGCGCCGCCACCUCCGCCGUCUGGCUGGCGGCCUACGGGCUCUUCGCUCUCAGCGAGAACAGCAUGGUGCUCUCUGCAGCCAUCUUCAUCACGCUGAUUGGCCUGAUCAUAUACCUGCACUUUGUGAAGAUUGACCAGGAAUCCCUGCUGGUCAUCGGCUCACUUGGCAUUCAGGUGACUUCAUCCUAUGCCUCAGGGAAAGAGAGCACAACCUUCAUUGAGAUGGGUCAAGUGAAGGAUGUGGUUAUCAAUGAAGCCAUCCAUAUGCAAAAAGUUAUCUACUACCUGUGUAUCCUCCUCCAGGACCCUGAAGAUCCUCAGGGAGUAUCUGAGGUUGUGCCACUCUUUCAGAGCUCCCAGCCACGACUGGACUGCUUGAUAGAAGUGUACAAAAAUUGUCAAGAGAUCCUGGAGCAGAGGAAGACAGCUCCACAAUCAAGUGAAAUAAAAUAGCUGAAAAAAGCAGCAAUCAUUCAGCAGGACUCAGAGGGAGACAUGGAAAAGCAAGCAAAACUGCCCCAUGAGCAGAACUUUUUAGGCUCAGCCAGAAGGCUCUUGCCUCUUGCCUUUCCAGAAAAGAAUUAUGGGGAAAUAGGGAAAAGGGAGAUAAGAAAAUGCAUCAAUUUUUUACUCUUUCUUGCAUAUAAAAAUUAUGCUAAAAUUAAAAAAUAACCUUGGCUGGACUGCCAUAAGUAUGCAUUCUUUGGUUUUUAUUUAACCCUUUGUUUGAAGAACACACUCUAAAUACCUAGAUAUCAUCUAAAGCUGAUGUGUGGGCUCAGAGAGUACCUUCCUGAUCACAGGAGAAUUUCAUGAGGACAAAACCAGAAAAUUUAAGUCUUGAAUUCAGUUAUGUUUAAUGAAAUAAACAUAAGAGAUCUGAAGACUGACCUCUUCAGGGAUCUGCUUGAAAGAGUCCCAUGGGAUGGGGCCCUAGAGGGAAGAGGGAUCUGAGAAAGCUGAUAGUCAAGGAUCAUUUCUUCUGAAAUCAAGAACAGUCCAUCCCAAUGAGCAAGAAGUCAAGCAGAAAUGCCAGGAAGCCUGCAUGGAUGAGCAAGCUGCUCCUAGCAACACUUGAACACAAAAUGGAAGUAGACAGAAGGUGGAAUUAGGGACAGGUAAUUUGGGAGGAAUGUAGCAACGCUGUUCAAGAUGUAGUUAGAGAAGCUAAAGCCCAGCUGCAGAUGAAUCAGUUAAAGGAUGUCAAAGGCAACAAGAAUGGUUUCAGUAAGUGCUUAACUAUCAAAAGGAACACAGGAAAAAUGUGAACCCACUGCUGAAUGGGGCAGGGCUUUUUGACACAGGACAUGGAAAAGUUGUGGCAUUUAAAGGGCUACAUCUGUUACUCUGAGGAUAUGAGGCACAUGUAUUGUUGAAAAUGAUGGUAAUGUGAAUAAAAGUUUUAUUGAUCUGUGCUCUUAAUAGUAACUUAAGGUUGGGAAAUUCUAUGUUGAUAAGCUGAAAGUUAUUUUAACAUUUAACGGGCAUUUUUCUCCCUAUAUUCCACAACUAUAUAGUGAAUAUAUAUAUACACACACACACUAUAUACAGAGGUGACUGAAGUGUCAAAACAAGAGCUAAACCACAAGUUGGCAGGAGCCUGGGUUCAUGCUUAUUUUGCAUACGGUGUUGUACCGUGCUUGUCCACAUUAUCUGUAAAUGAACACUUGGCACCAUACCGCCAUGCAAUAGAGAUAAGGGGAUUUGUGGGUUUUUUCCCACGGUGCCAUAAAGUUUGAAAGACAGAGAUUAGCUCGUGUCACAGGAAGUAUUCUGGUUGUCCAAGUGAAAGGCAGCAGCUUGGAGAUGUGCCACUGGCUUUUGUGUCAAAAGAAAAGAUGUCUCAAGAGAGUGCACAGAGUCACGGGCUCAAGAGCGUGCUGGGAACACUGACUAUGCUGUAAAAAUCCCAUUAAGUCCUCAGAAUGUGCACUAAUGAAAUUAGCAAGAAGCUAUGUUUUGCAGCAGGAAGUCUGAAAGAUUGUUUUAGUAAUCUUUUGAAGGAGAUCAUUUGAACGUUCUGUGCCCAUGGUGAAGUCAUCCACUUCAGCUGAGAGAAGAUCAGAAUAGAGAAACAAGGGAUCAGUCUAGGGCAGGUUUGUACCAGCUAUGGUUUAUGCCUGGAUACCAAACGCAAUCGAUGUUGAUUUUUGUUUACAUCAAGAAUAUUUUGGCUUUUAAAAUAGUUUCUUUCAUUCUGAGAAUAAUACACAUUAAAUUCAUGGUUAUUAAUUCACAAGCUGUAUUUUAUUAAGAACAAACAAAUCUCACAGUAUCUUCCAGACAGCCUUUUACUUACACACAGCAGUUAGGAACAUAAAGGCUUUUGUCAUCUCAUUCUAUGCUGCAUUAACAGUCAUUGCCAAAAGCAUUGAUUAAAAUAAAAAAAUUAUUUUCUCUACCAAAGAAUCAUACAAAGUAGGUAACUACACAGGGUGGGUGUUUGAAGACAGGUAAGUUAUAAAUAGGAGUGGCAUGUGCAUCCAUCAGAGUGGGGUGGUCCCUGAAACACUCAAGUAUUGGUGAAUAUUUUUAAGAAAAAAAGAAAGUUUUGUGUACCAUGCUUCUCAAUUUAAAGUGCAAUUGUGACAGAAAAUAAUGAGAUUCAGGACAGCUCCUGUUUACUUAACAUCUCUGUUUCCUGUUGGCCCUGGUACAAGUCUCCUCAAGUCUCUGGGGACAUGAGUGUUAGCACUGUGAGGAAAUACAGCCUGUGAACUGGAGGCUUCUAUGCCUUGAGCAUCCCCAGCACUGAUGACAGCUCCAGCCUAUUCUGAAGCAUUUUGUUACUGGUGGGAUACCAGAAGCAAACUGUCAAACAGACCUUCAGAUACAGGAGAAAUUGUUAGGCACAGGUGAUAGAGUGAGGAGGAGUAACACUCCAGUAUUCAAACUGGCAGAGCUGUACUAAGAUAAUUGUGAGAGAGAG